CGCUGCGAGUGCGAGUCCACACAACACUGUGAACUCCCCCCUCUCGAGAAAAAAAAAAAGAUCCAAAAUUUUUUCGCCCUUGGGUUCGAAAUCUUCGUGCCUUCCUCCUCCUCGCGGCCUCCAAUUCGAACGCCCCAGUUGCUCGCGCCGCCGCGGAUUCCCCAGAUCCCACCUCCUCCCCAGCUCGCGCGGCCCAAUUCGAAGGCGGUUCUAGGGUUUCCCGGCACGAAUUUAGGGUUUCGGGGGAGCUUCGGGGGGUGUUGUUCCUUGUUCCGCCUAGGGUUUGGAAUUUGGGGGGCGUGGAGAGAUGGGAUAAGGAGGGUGUUGGGAGGGUGGGAGCUUUGCUUGGGGUGUGUGUGUGUUUGGGUGGUGCUGAGCUGAGCUAGGGUUUGGUGGUGAGGUGCUGAGGAAGGGAGGUGGGGGGUGGAAAAUGUUCUACUCGCAGUUCAUCUUGGCCAAGAAGGGGCCCCUCGGGACCAUAUGGAUCGCGGCGCAUUUGGAGCGGAAGCUGCGGAAGAAUCAGGUCGCGGAUACGGAUAUCGGCGUCUCCGUAGAUUCAAUUAUAUUCCCUGAAGUUCCGAUUGCACUUCGAUUAUCAAGCCAUCUUAUGCUUGGUGUGGUCAGGAUCUAUUCUCGCAAGGUGAACUACCUAUUCCAUGAUUGCAGUGAAGCGUUGCUGAAGAUAAAACAAGCCUUUAGGUCUACUGCCGUUGAUCUUCCCCCUGAAGAAUCAACUGCUCCUUAUCAUUCUAUAACACUUCCAGAGACAUUCCAUCUGGAUGAUUUUGAAUUACCGGAGGCUGCAUUUCAGGGUGACAUUGAUCAUCAUGUAAGCACAAAAGAACAGAUCACCUUGCAAGACAACCCAGAGAAAACUGGAUACUCAACAUCCCAAUUUGGCUUAGAUGAAAGAUUUGGUGAUGGCAAUUCUUCACAUAUUGGGUUGGAUUUGGAAGAGGAAUUAAUGCUGAACAAGGACCAGUCAAUUCAACUUGAGGCUGAUGAUGGCAUUAUUAUUCAAGGUCGAUCAGCAGUUCAUCCUACCGAUAUGGAAGUUGAUGAUAACCAAAAUAAAGAUGAAAGCGCUGAAGGAUACAACAUGGAGGAUGGACCUUCCAGUCACAACAAACUAAAUCCGUUAAGUGCAGAUGGUCUAGUAGGAAACAGUCUUCCUAAUUGGCAUACAUACAAUGUGCAAACACCUGAUCUGAAUGAUAUGCUAUUGAACAAUGAUGGGAAUGCAGGACCAUCAGCUUCAUACUAUCAACCUAGUCCCUUCCCUUGUGAUGAGCCUGCAUCACCAGAGUUUGUAAGUGCCCAGGCCCCGGCUACACCUGGCCUAAUGGAAGAGACUGUUCCUUCCAGAGUGCAUGAAAGUCCUGUUCUGAGUCCACAGCGAAAAGCUUCACCAUCAAGCAAUGAUGAAACUGCAAAGACAGCUGAAAAUGCUAAUGAUCUUGUGGGUGCUGAGACGACUGAACUUGCAUUGACAAAGCCUGUGCAAAUUGAAUCUUCUGGUGCUGUACAGGAGAUUGAUUCCUUGAGUCAACAAUGUGCAACUGAGGAAUUGCCACCCCAAGCUGAAACCUCAAACUUGGAAGCUACCAUGGACAAGUCAAUGAUAAAUACUGAUGGUGUAGCUGCAUCAGGUGAAGCUACAGCUGCUAAAGAAACCACUGAAGUGUCAUUGGUUGAAAAUUCUUUAGAGCUAUGCGCUGAUGGUCCUACUGAACCUGUGAUUGAGAACCAAACACAGUUUAAUGAUGGAUCAGUUGAUGUGCAAGGGGGCGGUCAGCAUGCACCUCAUGCUAUCUUAGCAACUGCAGAUUCCCAAGUGAAUGUAGAAGCAUCAACACAAGAAAUGGCAUCUAACGAUAUACCAAGUGACCUACCAACCUUGGAAUUUCCAGAACGUGAGAAAAUGCUGUCAGCUCCAGACGUUGAAUUGUACCAGGCAAAUGACUUGGGCCAGGUAACUGCAGAAAAGGGAACCACUGAAUCUGAUGGAAGUAACAAAGUAGGUAGUCUCACUAGCAGAAAAAGACACUUGGAGGACAGUUUGCCAGCUCUCGAAAGUGCAACUACUGAAAAAUUGUCUAGCAGACCACGUGGUAAAAGAACCAUUGAUGGUAUUCCUGAUGAUGAUGAUUUACUGGCGUCUAUAUUAGUUGGUAGAAGGACCCCUGGACUGAGGCUUGAUUCAACACCAAUACCACCUAAGACGUCAUCUUUGAAACGUCCAAGGUUGACGUCAAAGAGUACCACACCGAAGAGAAAAGUGCAAAUGGAUGAUGCCAUGGUUAUACAUGCUGAUACCAUACGGCAGCAGUUGAUCAGCACUGAGGAUAUAAGGCGCAUUCGUAAAAAGGCUCCAUGUACCCGUUCCGAAAUAUGGAUGAUCGAGAAAGGUUCCUUAGAAGAUGAUAUAUUCCAUGAGCCCAUCUUUUCCUGCAUGUGCAAGGAGCUAAACGAUUUGCAAUAUCGGACCUAUGAGAUUGUUGCUCAUCCCACCAUUCAUAAUAUGGAAAUACAUGUACGGCUAGACAUGUCCCAAACUAUGGCAGAUGGCAGCAAUGAUGUUGGCACCUCUGGCGCAAAGGACAGUGGAAAUCACCAAGAUCAUGUAGUGCUACCAGAUGGAGCUGAGUCAGAUGCGAUGCAUCCUGAAGCAACUGAUGCAGCAGAUACUAGAACUGAUUUUGAUUCACACAUGCCAUCUGACAAACAGGUUAACAAUGUUGAAGGAGUAACUGAACAAUUAACUGAUAAUGAGAAAGAAACUGCAGUUGUUGAGAAAGCAACCACUAAUAUGGGUGACAGUGCUCAAGUUGAUUCACUUGAUAAGGAAUAUCUUCAAGAUGUUCCAGCUGAUCUGCAGAGGAGCACAAAUACAAAUACACCUCUGUUUGUGCUAGAUGACAUGCCUGGUCCAGAUGUGGUUCUGGAUAGCUCUGAUCCAGUUUCUGCACAAGCAGUGGAUGAUAUGAAAGGGGAGUUGAGUGACAUUGUCCAUGACAAUGUCAAUGCAUUUGACAAUAAGGAUAUGCCGACUUCUGAGAUUACCGUACUGGAAUUUACUCAAAACGCUUCUGGUUUUCCUCAGCCAACAGAGGAUGAAAAUGUUCUGUCCGCAAUGGGUGAAAAUUCUGGAUUGCAAGAAAAUCAUGUAGGAUCUGUUAUGGAUCUGGACAAUAUGGGGCAUGACUUUUCACUAAAGGAAUGCAGUGAUUUUGGCAGUGCGAUUCAGGGUGUUGACACAGAUUUUCUGAUGUAUGAUGAUGAGGUGGACUGUGAUGAGGCUAAUGAUGAUGAGCCUAAUCCUGAGGAAUUCCAGUCUCUUGAUAACAGUGGAUGGUCUUCACGUACUAGGGGUGUUGCAAGAUAUCUCAAAACUUUAUUUGAUGAGGAAUCUGGUCUGGGAAGAAAGAGUGUGGCCAUUGAUCAUCUGUUAAGUGGAAAGACUAGGAAAGAAGCAUCAAGGAUGUUUUUUGAGACAUUGGUUCUGACAACAAAGGACUUCAUAAGUGUGGAUCAACCAAACUCCUUUGAUUUUGUCAGCGUUAAGCCAGGGCCAAAGCUCCUGAAGUCAGAUUUCUAGAUCAAAAACCAGCUAGCGUGGCGCGAUACAUACAAUCUUACCAUAUCUGUCACAUUACCAACAACAUACAGAUCUCGCAUCGCCGUGACCGUCAUUUUUGUUUUGUUCUUUUUAAUUUAUCCUCCCUCUGUAGUAUCCCCGCACUAAUCUGUGUUUACUAGGCUUCUUGGGUAGGAUUCUGUUGUACCCCCCUCCGUGUUGGCUAUUCAGUGUAUAUAUGAUUAGCUCUUGUAAAGUUGCUUGUGUAAUGUGAUAGCAUCAGCUCCUAAGUCCCCGUCUAUUGUUGCUUUGAAUAAACCUUCAAACCUGUAUACUUCUCUGACUUUGAGCAACCUGUCGAUUAAUUUCAAAUUUAUUCAGAUUCGUAGGUCAA